AUGUUUCUAGUUCAGUCUACUAAGGCUGCUCCCCUUGCCAACGAUGCCGACUGGGAAUAUUACUAUGGCUGCGACGCUGAGACCAAGAGUUCUCAGAUGCAGUCGACAGCUUCCUCGAGGUCUCUGAUGCCCUCUGCUGGCAGUUUUACACCUGUGUUGUCUACAAUGCGACCGGAUACCUCCUCCUACUCGCUCUCAACCACUGGUCGCUUGACAUCUCUUAGCUCAUCUGCAAUUCAGAGUGCUUCUUCGACGGUGGAGCCUCAAACCUCAGGUGUACGUUGUUCCUUUUCUCAGCUACCAGGAAUCAAAACUCUGUUAGAAGAGGAAGGGGCGAAGUGA